UCUUAUUGGAGCGGAGCCAAGGUACUGUCUGGGUCGGCAUCCUUCACUUCCGUUUCUUCCACGAGCAGUAAGCUACCCGCCAUGGCGAUAAUCUUCCCUGAUUCUCAAAUCACCACCACUACAACAUCUGCUCAGGACCCUUUGUUACCUUGGCUCUGGUCCAUAAAGGAUGCUCUUGAAAAUUCGACCUCCGGCAAUGUUUCUGGGCCAGGUCUCGCGGAUCUCGUUUCCGACUGUAUUAAAACCUUCGGCGGCAAUGUCAAGUACAAAAACGAUGUCCGAUUUCUCAAGAUUUGGUUUCUCUCUAUUGGUAUGAGGGAGGAUUUUGAAACCGGUUUCAAGGAAUUAUUGGAGCAGGAGAUAUGCAUUGGCAAUUCUUUGCUUUAUAUUUGGUAUGCAGUGUUCCUUGAAUCCAAGGGGAGACUAAACGACGCUAACAUGAUUUAUGAGCUUGGCUUGUUGAGGAACGCCGAGCCCCUUGAGUGGCUGAAAAAGGCAAAAAUGUUGUUUAUUGAUAGGAUGUCUGAGUUAGUCAAUACUCGUUCAAUGAAAUUGAAUGAUGGUGGUGAAUCCACUAAAAUUGUAGAAACUUACGUGAAUCCAUGGUCUUCCUCUGUUAUGAAAGAUUUAUUAAGCAAGAUUAAUCUCAAGAUUUUGAAGUAUGAGGGUUACCAUUCAAGCAUUAAACCUUACCCUAAAAAGAUGGCUCUAAAUUCAUUGCGGAAUUCAUCCAGGAAUAAAGUUAUUGAGAUUGGCGGGAAGAAAUAUGAGAUCAAAGGUUGUGCAGGAACUGGCGGCUUUGCCCAAGUAUAUAAAUCAUAUCUUGACAGUAACCCAGACGAUGUUGUCGCACUAAAGAUACAAACACCUCCUUUUCCUUGGGAAUUCUACAUUUAUCGUCAACUUGAUCAUCGUGUCACCGUGAAGGAAAGGUCAAGUUUUGGUUGUGCUCAUGAGAUGUAUCUCUAUUCUGACUAUAGCAUACUUAUUUGUGACUACUUGGCUCAUGGCACAUUACAGGAUGCCAUUAAUUUAUAUGUAGUCCUUGGGAAGACAAUGGAAGAAGUUUUGUGUAUUUAUUACACCAUAGAAAUGCUUUACAUGCUAGAGACUUUGCACAACAUUAGCAUUAUCCAUGGGGAUUUUAAACCUGACAAUCUGCUUAUUCGUUAUGCAAGAGGCAAACUAACGGAAGAUGGAUUUCGGGAACGUAGUGGUCCUUGGAAUGAUCAGGGGCUUUGCCUUGUUGAUUGGGGAAGAGGUAUAGAUCUGCAGCUUUUUCCUGAAAAUGUAGAAUUUGAAGGAGAUUGCCGAACUUCUGGCUUUCGUUGUACAGAAAUGCUAGAGAAUAAACCUUGGAAAUAUCAGGUUGACAUAUAUGGCUUCUGUGUAGUCGUCCACACUAUGCUUCAUGGUUCCUACAUGGACGUUGAGAAAAAAGUAUCAUCUGAUGGGAGCUUUGUUUAUUUACCCAAAACUUCUUUUAAGCGGUAUUGGAACGUUGAACUGUGGAAGAAUCUGUUCACGAAGUUGCUUAAUAUCAAACUAGGUGAUUACAACAAGGAGUUGUUGCAGAGUAUAAGGGAAUCCUUCCAGGAUUACAUGUGCUCCAACCCUCAGCUUAUAAGGAAGUUAAAGGAAUUACUAGCAAAACAGAGGGCUUCCUUGUGUACCGCUUAGUCAAGAAUCCAUCUCCUGUGGAAGAUAGGUAGAUGUAAAUUCGGUCAGCUACAGGCCCCUUGUGGCUUGUUUGUACCAAAAAUGUAAAUUGGUUCAUGUUUGCCACUCGCAAACCUGGACUAAUCCAUUUGUUUUGGUGAUGAAAUCUUGGUUUUUUCUCGUCUGUUUCAAACACAAAAAUGUUUGAAUGAUUGUAAUAUAUAAGGGGUCUUCUCUGGAUUGCUGUCUUGUUGUAGGCUUCAUUGUUGAUCAAGAGUUUCGUACUGUAAUGUAGCGGGAUGCAGAUGUUCAUGUAGAUUAUAUAUUGUUCA